UUUCUGAUGUUUCGCGUUAAAAAGUAUAUGCAGCGCACAAGUUUCACAGAAACUAGUUUUUUUGUCGUGAAAAUCGUUUGACGUCCGACAGAACAAUCCGAUUCAUUGUUUCGGGGUGUUUUGCAAUUAAUUGAUAAGGUUUACGUUGUGGAAAUUCAAGUUAAGAUUCCUGGUAAAUUUGUGUGAUGCUGUGGCGUGCUGAGCUAAUUCAGUGACAUAAUUUUUCGCUCCGAAACCCACCGUGAUCUUCGGACGUUUCGGUUGUGUGUAGGUUUUACGGCGACGGGGUUCUCUCCCAUUCACAUCAUCGCCAGCCAGCAGAAGCUUGCCUCGCAGCUGCACACAAAUCGGCAGAGCAGGAAACCUCAAUACUCCGUGGCAUAAACCUUCCCUCACCUGACCCAGUGGUGGUGGGGCCACUUCUCGUCGCCGCACCGCCUCAGCUGUUGUGCUGUGGCCAGCCCAUCCAUACACUUAUCCAUUCGCAGAUCCGUCAGAGUAGCGUUGAUCGUGUCACAUCUCAGCCACACACGUAACUUAAAUCAGAAAAAUUGCAAAAUUGGCCAAUUUCUGGGGGUCGGUGCCGAUUCUCGGCUAUUGUGGAAAGCUGUUUGAGCCACGGAAGAUUAAUUUCUUUGCCAAUUCGGCUGUCGGUGGCCAGGGAAGUGAAAAGGAAAUCUUUCUUUAAUUGGGUGUGCUGACAGUGUUCUUGGGGAAAAAAGGAAGGGUCAGUUCUGUGCGUGGACAACGAGAUCCGCUGCAGAAAGAAAGUGAAUGUGUUUCAUCGGGGAAGGAAAACUGGUGGGUUGUUGUUGAAGAAGAAAAAAUGAAUUAAACCCAAUGCCCCCGAGAGAGUAUGUGAAGCAAAAGCUAGCGAAAAAGAAAUGGUGCAAAAAAAAUAAGUGUCCCCCGAAAUAAAAGUGGCCACACACCACACAUUAGUGAAACCGACCAAGGGAAGGAUGUUGUGAUAGAGAAAAUGUCAAAGUAGAUGAAGGCACGUAGCGAAAAACCUGAUCCAUAAUUGAUUGCGUGGAAGGAUUGAAUUUCGUCGCGUUGCGGUUCGACAAUUUUAUCGAUAAAGACGACACAGACAUACGAUUGGGAUACCUUCAACCUAGCCAAUCUGCUAUCGACUACCCUUAGCAAAGGGACCAAGUAAAGUGUCCUCGGUUGGAGUGAAAUAACACCCUUCGUUUCGACGCGGAGAUAGCCAGAAAAAAGUACCCAGCCUUCGCGGAUCUCAUCUUUGAAACAAAAGCAGCUCGUCGAAAGUCUUCCCAUCUGUUGACCUUUCGUUGGAAUUUACACAGACAAAACACAGACAAGUCAACUGCUACAUAUGUACCAUCAAUGCAUCGCAUAAACUAAUUGAUGCUCUCUAAUCGAAUACAUCAUCAAAGGCAGACUGCAUCUGUCGAUGAGCCGUUGAGUAAAAAAAACAAAUUACCCGGUACUGAGUCCAGCCCAAAAACUCAAUUACAGCCGCAGACAUUCUACCAAUAUCUUCAAUUCACAAACAGCGACACACCCACAACUAAAGACUUGCAGACAAUCUUAAAACAAUCUUAGAGAAAAAUAAACUGAAACAUUGAGAGGGAAGCUGACUACCAGGACGAAGCAGGGGAAGCAGACGCAGAUCGACUGCAAAGAUCAGAUCACUGGUGUUAAAUAUCUUGUAAUAACAACCAGGCGUAUGAGAACUAGGAAUCAAUAAUGCUACUAGGAAAUGACUAUUACAACAAGCGAUCUCCUCAUCAGCGGAACCUUCGGACCACGAUUCUGACCGGAUUCCUCAAGAAAAUGGCCUUCACCGGGUCACUCCGGAAAACGCUCUGCGGGUUGCUGCUGAUGGUGGUCUUCCUGGUGAUGUUCUUCUACUGGAAUGAGGGUCCCAGCUCGAUAAAACCGGCCCUCGGCUCGUCGUCGAUGCUGUUUGCUGGAAUCUUCCAAAGGGAUAGUGCCGCCGGCAUGGACUAUCCCGGCGGGAAGAUCCAGCUGCCCCGGAUUAGCCCGCCGGAGAAAUCCUGGACUUACAAAUGCGUCAACAAUCGGUGCAUUCGGCAGCACUACAUUGAUCCGCUCGAUGCGGAAAGCGCUUUUGGAGGGGCUACCCCGGGAAACCGGAUUCCGUAUCUAACCUGCAGUAUGACAUGUGGACCAAUAAAUAUUUGGCCCCAGCCCACGGGUAAAACCGUAAUCGGCAGUAAAACGUCCCGUUUCCGGUUGGGAGAUGUGAAGGUUCAAGUUAAGGCUAGUACCCCAGCAGUCGAACAGUUGCUAGAGAAAGCCUUCGGAGUGUUUAAGGAUGAGCUGCAAGCAGUUCUGGUAGCCCAUGGGGCUCACAAAGUUGAUGAAAACCAAUCAAGUUCUACAACUGCUGAGGGUGGGCCAGAUUCCGACCGGGGGAAGCCUGAUUCUGCGGGGGCACCCGAUAAAUCGAGUGAUACGGCUAAGAUUCAUUUUUACAAGCCAGUGGAUGAUCACAAGUACGAUAUAGACAAGUUCGAUGUGCGGAUUACGUUGAUAAAACCCUCGGAGACGUAUUUGACCCUGGAAACGGACGAGAGCUACAAUUUGUCGAUUACGCAUUCGGCCCGCUCCCUGAAUGUCAAAAUCUUUGCCAACAGUUUCUUUGGUGCCAAACAUGCCCUUACCACGCUCCAACAGUUGAUAUGGUUCGACGACGAGGAACGACUGCUGAAGAUACUGAAUAAAGCUUUGAUCGAAGAUGUGCCAAGAUUCAAUUUCCGUGGCCUUAUGUUGGAUACAUCCCGACACUACUUCUCGGUGGAAUCGAUCAAGCGAACCCUGGUGGGGAUGUCGCACAGCAAGCUGAACCGAUUCCAUUGGCACAUAACGGAUUCGCAGAGUUUUCCGCUGGUUUCGAGGUACUACCCUCAGCUGGCCCAGUACGGGGCCUAUUCGGAUCGGGAGAUUUAUACGCCGGACGAUGUACGGGAGAUUGUGGAGUUUGCUAAGGUUCGUGGGAUACAGGUCAUUCCGGAGAUUGAUGCGCCUGCCCACGCUGGCAAUGGUUGGGAUUGGGGACCGAAGCAUAACCUUGGGGAGCUUAGUCUCUGUAUUAAUCAGCAACCUUGGAGUUAUUACUGUGGGGAGCCGCCCUGUGGUCAGCUAAACCCGAAGAACAAUAAUACGUUUCUGAUUCUUCAGAGGUUAUACGAGGAGUUGUUGGAGUUGACUGGUCCUCUGGACUAUUUCCACCUCGGAGGCGAUGAGGUCAAUCUGGAAUGUUGGCAGCAGCACUUUAACGAUUCCGAUAUGAGGACACUUUGGUGCGAUUUUAUGCAGCAAGCGUCCCAUCGGUUGACGAUUGCGAAUAAGGGUGUGCCGCCGAAGUAUGCAGCCGUUUGGUCCAGUGGGCUUACGAGCUAUCCGUGCCUCUCGAAGAACAACUACGCCGUUCAGGUUUGGGGAGGUAGCAAAUGGCAGGAGAACUACCAGCUGAUCAAUGCCGGGUUUCCACUGGUGAUAUCGCACGUGGAUGCAUGGUACCUGGAUUGUGGGUUCGGUAGUUGGCGAUCUACGGCCGAAGGAGCCUGCUCGCCUUACCGUAACUGGCAAACGGUUUACAAACACCGGCCCUGGGACGAGAUGAAGCUGACCUCGCUGCAGAUGAAGCAAAUUCUGGGAGGUGAAGCAUGUCUUUGGACCGAGCAGGUCGACGAAUCGACGCUCGAUUCGCGGUUGUGGCCUCGGGCAGCAGCCCUAGGUGAACGGCUCUGGACCGAUCCGAUCGAGGAGGUCUACAGCGAAUCCGUCCCGAAGGAAACCUUCAACCGGAUGUCGGUCUUCCGGAAUCACCUGCUGGAGCUGGGCCUCCGAGCGGAACCGAUCUUCCCGAAGUACUGCACCCAGAACCAGGACGAGUGUGUAUGAUACUUCCUGAAUCCGUUCUACUGAAGGUAAACACAAUAUACAGGAUGGGAAACAAGGUUGUGCCGUGCGCUGAGUCCUAUGGACCGAGAUUAGUGAGCUAGUUGCGCGUUUAGGGGGAGAACUAUGAUGAUAUUGUUGAUAGGUUUUCGUAAGGGAUGUAAAUAUUUGCAGACGUGUAGGAUAGCUUACCGGUAGGAACUAAAGAAAGAGAGAAACUCUAACACAGACUCACGCUACACUUAAUUAAGGUUUCAGUCACAAUCUGUAAGAGAUUAGCCAGUAACACGGGGGCGUACUGAAUCGAGAGUUAGGUGAUUUUGCAUGCUAAACAAGUGUUAUAUUUAUUUUUUUCCACUAGUUUCAGUUAUUUCAUGUUACAAUUUUUAGUUACAUGAGUAGACUCUUUUACGAUUUUCAUUUCAAGUCAUUUUUUUCAGAUAGAAUAAAAAUUGUUUCCCUUAGUUAACGUUAUUUAAAAUUGGUAUUAUGAAAUGUGUUUCGAUGUUUGCAAAAGUUACUGUUUGGAAAUAAGAAGACAACGAAUUGGGGUGGUCCUUCUAAGCUUAUAUAUGGAGGUAUUCCAACCCUAAAAUUUCACCAGUCCCGAAAAAGAAGCCGCGUUAAUUUCGAAGCUUCAUACAUGAGACAAUUAGACUUGUGAAUUGAGACUUGAGACAUGAAACCAAUAACCUGAAACCUGAGUCAAGAGAUCUGAGACCUGAGGCCUAGAACAUGAGACCUGAGAUCUAAGAUCUGAGACCAGAAAUCUGCAACAUUACAACUUUGGCAUAAGGCGUGAGACCUAAGCGAGAUCUGAAACAUGGAAAUGAAGACCUGUGAAGUGAAUCCUGAAACGUGAGAUCAGAGAGAAGUGUGACUUGAAUCAAACAAACAAAACAUCCACAGACAAGAGUCGUGAGAAAUUAGAACUGAGAAGUGAGAGGUGCAUGUAUCACUUCUCACGUCUCACUUUCAUGCCUAAUGUAUGAUGCCUCACUUCUAAUGUCUCAACUUCUCAUUCCUCACGUCUCAUGCUCAAGGCGUAAGGUCCCAUUUCCAUGUUUCUCAAGGUCUCAAGUCUCAGGAAUUAUAUAUCAUAUCCCAUGGUUUAGGACUUAGUUAUCAUGUCUCAGGUUUAAAAUACCAUUUUAGGCUUUGAAGAACUGAUUCUCAGUUUUCAUGUCUUAUUUCUGAGGUCUCAAGUCUAAUGCCUUAGAUCUCAGGUCUAAUGUCUCACCUUUUUUUUUCUAACAAUUCUUUACGUUUUAACCUACAUCUGGUGCCAAAUUCGGACUUUUUAUAUUUUUUUUGAACAUUUUUCUAGAUUGAAUUAAAAUUGCUCAAAUUCGAAAAAUAUAUGAAAAAUCGAGCAACUUGACAACUUUGAAACGCGUUUUCUCAAAACAUUUGGGAACUUGCGAAAACCGUGUAAAAAUAACUUCCUAACCUCGAAAACCCGUGUGAAAAAUCCACAAUGUAUAUGAAAAACUGAAAGCUAAGACUAAAAUCUCUGUAACUGGUCAAAACGCUUUGAAAUGUUGAAUAAAGUUAGUAUACAACUUGAAUCUUUAACAAUAAAAAAAAAAACUUUGCUUGACUCUAGAGUGUUUCCAGUAUUAAUUAAAAAAAAAUUUCAUGUCAAGUUCCAAAUUAAUUUCAAGGUCUUGGAGCGUCACCUUAAAAAGAUAUUCGCAUGAGAUGAGGUCCACUAGUAUUGAUUAAUCGUUGAUUGGAUCAAGAUUGAGGGUUGGGGCUAGGUUUCAAGAAAGUUGAAAGAACAAGAGCCUUCCUUGUGUGUAUUAAUGAUUCAUUUGCACUUCACUAAGCAUCUUGAGCAUAAAAAAAUCAUCGCCGUUUUCGGUUCAGUAAGCCACCGUAAGAAAAACGAAAAUUAACAGGAACAAAACGUUAAAUCAGAAAAAAAAACUAUUGAGUAAUUAUUAUUAUUAUUAGUUCACUAGCUAAGAGGCAAACUGGUUGUCGAUAAUAGAUUUAUUUAGAGACACAGAACUUAGUUAAUAGAAACAAACUCUAAAGAAACAAGUCACGAACAAAGUGUAAACAUUGAAAUUACAAAGCAAAAUCAACUAUUAAGAGCUACCAAGAUAAAAUAGUUGUUUACCGGGAGGAGAGCAGAAUAACAAACAAACAAACAAACAAACAAACAAACAAACAAACAAAAAACAGUGAAUGAUUAAACAAUGUUUGAAUCAAGUAUCGUAAUGUGAGAGGGAUGAAUUAUCCGAUUAAAAAUAAUCGCAUAUAUAAAAAUAGGUAUAUAUAUUUUUAUUGAAGUUUGUAUUUUGAACUUUGAGUGUGUUGUUGCGUGAACGAUGAAACAUCCAAUUGAUUAAAAAUAAAACACACACACACACACACACACACCUAGCCUUAGUUCGUCUCACUUGUGCGCGAUUCACAAAGCCAAAAUCCAAGCUUUUGAAAGAGUUAUGUAAAACAAGAAAAAAAAAAAGAAGGUACUUAUCAAAACCGAUUAAAGUUUCUAAACGGAGCCGUAGUGUGCAUCUACACACUCUGUAUGUAUAUUUUAUCGAUAGGUUGACUGGUAGUUGUAUACAAAUGAUAAGCGAAUUUACACCGAGGUUGGCUUGACAGAUUCUAGCAACAGCUAUACAGCUUUCGGUCAGAUUUCUAUUACUUUGUUAACGUUCGUUCGUUCUUAAAGAUUUCUUUUAAAUGGAAUGUAUAGUGAAAACAAUUUGCCUUUGACGGUUGUGUUUGGUUUGGAAGUUGCAGUAUUUUCCGUUGUAUUCUUUUUUGUUUGUGUAGACAAUUCAACCAAACUGCAAACGUCACUUCGAUAAAACGCUAGAACUAAUUGCUAGUUAGAUAAUUACUUUGCAAAUACAGAAAUUUGUACAUAGCAACAACAUGAGAAUUCAGAAUUCGGUAGCUUCGAAAGACACAUUCUUCCUUCAGCAAAUAAUAGCAAGCAGUAAAUGCAAAACAGAACAGACUGGAAGCCCUUCCAAAUAAAAAAAAACAGAAUUAAAAUCAAAUGAUUGCAACCAGUUUUGGCUACAAUUUUUUUCUUAUUAGGGAUGUUUUUAAAAGUUCGACUUCUGAUAAAAACGCAGUUCAAAAUCGAUAUUCUAUUUGUUAGUCAGUGUUUUUUCGGCCCCCCUCUGUUGCUAUCUACAUUUUUAAUAGGCCAAUUAUUAGCAGAUCGAUUUAUUGUGGUGGAAUUUUUUGUAAGUCCGCCUAGCAAAAUAAACCGACGGACAUUGUUUCCAAAACAAACACACGUGUGUUCGCGCUCUCUUUGUCAUUCUCUCUGUUAUUGAGUUUUAGCGAAAUCAAUAAAUUUGUUUCUCCAAGAAUAA